AUGCCCGACUCGACAAGGCAGACCGAAGCCAUCAAACUACUAGGGCAACUCAGAGAUGACUUAGAAGCGAAGAAGUCAUCGAAUGAGCAGAUCCGGGCAGCCCUCGAUAGACUCAAAGUUCUAGGACGAGAUGCAGGCAAUGUCUCAACCCUUUACAAUGAAGCAGGGGUGAAGGUCCUGGGCUCCUAUGCCUUUGGCGAAUAUCCCGCCGGCGUCCGUCAAGAGGCACUGAGGUGUAUCGCCAAUGCCCUCCUUUUACUCCCAAUCACUCGACAGCACUCAAUAAGCCUUGGCCUAGACAAGAAAUCUACGGAUGCUUUGGGAGAUGCCAACCUCGACGAAGAAUUUCUGCUUUCUCGGAUCCUUUUUCUCCUGACGUAUGACCCUCGAAUCGACCUACAGACAUUACUCGACGACCACAAGCUCGCGGAUAAAAUCACAAAACUCCUGAACCGGCACGUCGAUCAAUCCAAAACGACCCAGACGGCAAAUCCAGACUCUCCCGCGCUCCAAGAAACACUGAAACUCCUUUUCAACGUGACAAGUGGUGGUGCAGGACUGAACGACCGAACAUCGUUCAUCUCAGCCAUCCGGCCCCUCUUCCAACUUCUCGACCAACUUCCCAGCUCCUCACCGCCGCUAAAACCUCCCACAGGUCUCGUUGUUAAUGCCCUUGCCAACAUUGACUUUGAUGAGACUCCAGAGCAAGAUCCGGCCUUCGGAUCGGGCGUUGACAAAUUGCUCGACCUCCUUUCCUCGGUAGUGACAACAUACCCGCCGACCGAGUUGGAGACAAGCAUAGUCCCACUGUUGACAACACUACGAAACAUAAAUGUCAACGCGAGUCCUGAGCUACGAGCGAAACUCAAGAACCGCCUCCUGCCCGACGACAACGAACGGGACCAACCACUGGGGAAAUCAUCGUCUCUUGCCUCUCAUUUACUCAGGUUGACGACAUCCACGGGCUCGACCAACCUGUCCGAAGCAAUAUCCGGAUUGAUGUUUGAACUCUCAGACAAGGACGCAAGUCAAUACGUCCAUAACGUUGGCUAUGGCUACGCGGCCGGCUACCUCAUGACACACAAAAUCCCCAUCCCUGACAACGCAAAGACGGUGCCGCAGCAGGGCCGCAGUGGUAGCAACCCCGGGGAUCGCAACGGCGGACCGUCCAGAACAGUCCCCGUAAACCCGAUAACUGGCCAAAGAAUCGACGCAGAGCCUGCGGUGCAAGUACCCGAGAUGAGUCGGGAAGAAGCCGAACGCGAAGCCGAGAGGCUAUUCGUGCUAUUUGAAAGGCUGAAGGCAACAGGUGUCGCCAACGUCACGAACCCGGUGCAACUGGCCAUGGAGCAAGGAAGGCUACAAGAAUUGAGCGAUUCCGACGAUUCAGAUUGA